AUGGCAACUCCAGCGACAACAGAACAAGUUACUACUGGCUCAGGAGCAGCAUCGACAACAGCAACCUCAGCGCCACCUGUGGUUACAGCAAGCCCCCAAACAACAAAAAUCACAUCCAAACCCUCUAUUCUUAAAACUACCCCCACAAAAGCAACACCUGCAGUGUCUGUCACCACAAAACCACUGGAAGAAGUUACCACUGCCCCACCAGCAACUUCUGCCAAACCUGGUGUUGGAACUACACCCUUAAUACCACAAAAAACCACAACAGGCAAACCACCAGGAUUAACUACUGCACAGUAUAGUACAACAAAACCACUGGAAGAAGUUACCACUGCCCCAUCAGCAACUUCUACCAAACCUGGUGUUGGAACCACGCUUACUCCCACGCCCACCGUAUGUUUCUGUGUUGUCAACGGAGUGUCACAUCGUCCUGGUGAAGUGGUCUACAAUGUCCCUGAUGGUUUAGGAUAUUGCUAUAUUGCAUACUGCAAUAAACUGUGUAAACUUAAUGUGGUAACUGUUCCAUGUGCCACGCCACCACCCACAGUCACACCAACUGGUCCUGCCCCUCUUGACUGUACUGAUCUGACUCCCCCGAGAAAGAAUGAAGAGUCCUGGAUGGUGGACAGUUGUACCAAAGCUAUAUGCAUCAAUGGCAAGGUCUACAAGGCUACUAUAAGAUGUCCCCCAGUCCAAAAACCCAUCUGUGCUAACAGACGCAAACUUGUCAAGGUCUAUGAUCAAACUGGAUGCUGCUUCCACUAUGAAUGUGAAUGUGUGUGCAGCGUCUGGAGUCAAUCCAACUAUUUGACCUUUGAUGGAACGUCCUACGUUUUCAAGGAGAAUUGCAUUUACUACCUGGUCAAAGAGAUAAUUCCCAAGUACAGCCUGACUAUCAUACUGAAUAAACACGACUGUAGCCCAACAGACAAGAGCUUAUGUCCGCAGACGCUCAUCAUCAUGUACAAAUCCUACAAAAUCAUUCUGACUCAGACAAAAAGUUCGGGAACAGUUUCUAAUGUGGCCUUUGUGAAUAAUAAACGUGUUUAUCCUGUAUUCAUAAAUCGUCCUCUGAUAAUUACGGGCACAGAUAUGGUUAUCAUUUUGCUGAUACCAGAUAUCCACACGGCUGUGGUCUACAGGGGCUCCUCCUUCAUCAUUGACAUUCCUUAUGCCCUGUUCGGGGGAAACACUGAGGGCCAGUGUGGAACCUGUGACAACUCCCAGACAAAUGAAUGUCGUUCUCCCAACGGUCAGGUGCAAAGCUGCUUUCAGUAUGCUGGCGAGUGGCACGUCCCGGGUACAACGUGUGUGGUACCCCCAACUACUGCACCUCCACUGACCCCUGUGUCUUCAGCACCCCCAAAGACGACUGUGUGCAAACCCACCCUCUGUGAUCUCCUCAGCAGCAGCCUGUUUGAACCAUGCCAUGCAUUUGUACCCUAUGAACCAUUUGUAAAUUCGUGCAAGAUGAACCCUUGCAGUCCUGAUUGCUCCAGCCUAGAGGCCUAUGCCACUGAGUGCACCACUGCAGGCAUCUGUAUUGAAUGGAGGAAUGCCACCCAUGGGCAUUGUGAAAUCAGCUGUCCAAAUAACCAAGUGUACAUGACCUGUGGACCAGAUUUUGAACCAACAUGUAAUGACAGGUACAACAAGCAGUUCCUGGCAAUGGUUCAACAAACCAAAAGUGCAUCCAGUGUGAAGGAGGGCUGCUUCUGUCCCAACGGCACAACUCUGUUCAACACAGUCUACAACAAAUGUGUCGUAGCUUGUGGUUGUGUUGGCCCUGACGGAAAACCAAAGGAGCCUGAUGACAAAUGGACUGUUAACUGCAACAACUGCAUUUGUGACAAAGACUCCCUGAGCACAGAGUGCGAGCCAAUUAAAUGUGGUCCACCACAACAGCCCACCUGUGAUGAAUCUGGGCAGCAGCUGGUGAACAAGACAGAUGGCUGCUGCCAGAAACUGUCAUGUGAAUGCAACACAAAGCUUUGCCCGUCUGCCCCCACCUGCCCACUCGGCUUCCGGGUCAGCAUCACUAAGAAUGGAACGUGCUGUCCAGUCUAUGAGUGUGCUCCUAAAGGUGUUUGCAUAUAUGAUAUGAGCGAAUUCCAGCCUGGAGAGAAAAUAACAACACCACCAUUCACGGUAACUAUAACAGCAGGACCGCCAGGGCCAGGAAAACCUGGAACAACGGUGUCAGGACCACCAGGAUCAGAAAAACCUGGAACAACAGUGUCAGGACCACCAGGGCCAGGAAAACCUGGAACGACGGUGUCAGGACCACCAGGAUCAGAAAAACCUCCAGCAACAACUCCAUUCACACCUGUAUUCGAAGUACAUCAACCUGGGCCCUGUCAGGAGUGUUACUGUGGCCCCAAGAUGGACUCAGUUACCAAGCUGAAUAACUUUCACUGUAAACCUAUUGUUUGCAACAAAAAGUGCGAUAAGGGUUAUGAAUACCAGGAGGUUAUCCGACCAAGUGCUCCUGGAGAGAAAAUAACAACACCACCAUUCACGGUAACUAUAACAGCAGGACCGCCAGGGCCAGGAAAACCUGGAACAACGGUGUCAGGACCACCAGGAUCAGAAAAACCUGGAACAACAGUGUCAGGACCACCAGGGCCAGGAAAACCUGGAACGACGGUGUCAGGACCACCAGGAUCAGAAAAACCUCCAGCAACAACUCCAUUCACACCUGUAUUCGAAGUACAUCAACCUGGGCCCUGUCAGGAGUGUUACUGUGGCCCCAAGAUGGACUCAGUUACCAAGCUGAAUAACUUUCACUGUAAACCUAUUGUUUGCAACAAAAAGUGCGAUAAGGGUUAUGAAUACCAGGAGGUACCGAACAAGUGCUGUGGGAAGUGUGUGCAGAAAAGCUGCAUUUUCACCACCGAGGAUAACAUGACCCAUGUCAUUGAGGUUAACAGCUCUUUUGUGCCCCCUAAUGAUAAGUGUUUGAAGUACACCUGCGAGAAAAUUAACGGACAGUUUGUUACCAAGGAGAGACAGAUCACCUGUCCUCCCUUCAACCCCUUGGACUGCGAGCCUGGCACUGUGACUACGGAUGCCAACAGAUGCUGCAAAACUUGCAAACUACGGAGUGUCUGCAAGCGCCACACCAAAGAGACUACGCUCGAGGUGAAUGGCUGUAAGACCUUGGAGCCUGUCAUAAUCAACUUCUGCAUGGGACACUGUGGAAGCAUGUCCAUGUAUUCUGCAUCCACCAACUCAAUGAUGCAUCACUGCAAGUGCUGCCAAGAGGUGCUGACCAGUAAAAAGCAGGUGACGUUGGUCUGCGACAACGGCAUCGAGGUUCCGCACACCUACGCCACAGCGGAGACGUGCAGCUGCACACGGGCUCACUGCGUCAAGUGGGCCGAAUAUGGGGACCGGCGCUGAGUGCACACAUUCAC